AUGCAGUCCACGCCGCUCGGUUUUUUGCAUCAGGACCAUCGCCAAACAAUCAACUUUUCCAUGUCUGUGGUGGCCAUAAAGAACCAGGUAGCUAGCUACUUUCAAAAAUCACGUCUGGAUGACGAGUUGGAGCGCGUAAAUGGACUUUUGGAGUCGGGCCAGUCUCCUUACGGAUCAAUAGAAGGCCAAGAUCGGGCUUCAGCUAGAGCUAAUGAAGAGAGAGCGAUUGAAACAGCCAAAAGUAAUGUGGAAAACAAUGACUACGAUUCAGAAGAUGAAGGAUUUUUCAACAAAUUUGACCCACGGGUGAUGUCAGAUAUUAUAAUUGGGUUAUCGGACGGGUUGACAGUUCCGUUUGCAUUGACAGCAGGAUUGUCAUCGCUUGGAGACACCAAGCUUGUUAUCACUGGUGGAUUGGCCGAGUUGGUGUCGGGAGCCAUUUCUAUGGGUCUUGGUGGAUACUUGGCCGCGAGGUCCGAAUCGGAAUACUACCAUGCGCAGGUCAAAAAAGAGAAACUUGGGUUUUUCAAGAAACCUGAGCUGAUCAACCAGGAAGCGGCUGAAAUCAUGUUUGAGGUGGGUGCCUCGGAACAAACUAUUGCAUCAUUUCUUAAGGACUUGGAUUCCAAACCUAAGAAUCUCAUCGACUUUAUCAUCAGGUUCGGUAAAGGUUUGGAUGAACCAGCCGAUGGACGUGAGCUCACUUCGGCAUUGACCAUUGGUCUGGGUUACUUCUUGGGAGGUUUCGUUCCCCUUAUUCCAUAUUUCUUCUGUUCGGUGGUACGUACAGGAUUGCUUGUGUCGGUGAUAGUUAUGUUGAUCACAUUGUUCAUUUUUGGUUACGUUAAAACGUCAAUAUCAUUGGGUGAUGACUGUGGUACCAGCAAGAAGGUGUUGGAAGGGUUUCAGAUGGUAAUUAUAGGAUCGGUAGCGGCAGGAGCCGCCUGGACCCUUGUCUAUUUUAUUGACAAUUAG